AUGGAGAAGAACCACCCCCGCGCGUCGCGGCUCUCUGUGCAUCCACGACUAGGACCGCGGGAGUCCAUCUUUCCUGGAAACCCGUCGCUGUACCAGGCAGUUGACACCAAUGCUACAUGCAGUCCUUACCUCAGUGAAUGCGUGAUGGCCAUGGAGGACUGCUGCAACGAGGCUUAUGAGGCGCAAGAGCUCAUUCGAACAGGCACUUACGACUUGCCCCGAAUGUCGAAGAUCCUCGAGAGCGACAGGGUGUUCCUGCUCGUCGACGAGGGGACCAUUCGAAGAUACAAGGCUGAUCUCACGGACGAGAUUGAGCCUCAGAUCAAUGAACUCAUCUCCCGAGCAGAGAAGGGGCUGCAGGUUUUGCUCAAGAAGGAGAGCCUAUUGCAGGCAAAGGCCGAAGCGGCGCAGUCUCGCCCAUCUUCCCGGGCUGGGUCAAAUACUGCGGGCAUGAGCAAGCUGGACGUUAGGCGCUUGCAGAUGCUCUCGCGACAGAGGCAAAAGCUCGAGGAUGAGCUAGCCGAGCUACAGGCGGAGAUUGAUGAGAUGGAAUUUGCCUCGAUGAAGAAAUGA